AGUGAGAGUGUUAAUUGAAAUCAAGUUAUAUUUGUGCCGAUAUUUGAUGAACAAGCAGCGUAGUCAGAUAACAGCGAUGACUUUUACAAAUCUGACAUUGAAAACGCGAGAAAUGGGGGAUGGAACAUUUAGCCCGAAGGGUUAGAGAAGGAAAUACCUACAAUGUAUCUGGCAGGAGAAGAGCGUACGGCUCGUCUGGCGAUGAGCAGAAAGGAAAGUGUGCCAGAAUAGAAAAAAAUGAAGCCGCGAAUUAAACGGCUAGCCAGUGGCUUUCCAUCUACGUAGUAACGUUCAACCAUUCGUAAGCCCCAACAAGAAAGGACGAUGCCUUCGUUUUUGUGGGAACACGGUGCCAACUGCCAUAACGUCCGCCUCAAUUUCGCUCCGAUCGAAGACACGACAAUCUCUUCUAAAAUUGCUAUGGAUUUUCAAGUGACAAAUGGGUUCCGAGUUGUGUCAACAUUCUCAGCCAAUCUUCGUGAACCAGGCAACAUUCCUCACGGGUUUCGCUACCGGUCCCCCAAGUUAAGCGUUCGCCAAUCACCAAAGGGAAUCGGACCGUAUCCACGAGGAUGAUUCUGUACGAGACGCGUUUGCAAGCCUGUUUCUCUUAACGUCUCCAUUCCGCGAGUCGUCCUAACCGAAGAGGGGCUGAUACGAGCCUGCCUGGAGAGGUCACGGGGUGGAGGCGCGAUAAAAAUAAAGAAAAUGGGGGUGCCGGAUGUAGAGCAGGCUAAGAGACGGCUCCAGGAUAUUCUGAGGAAGGCACAGAAGCUCGAGAUACCCACGCAAGAAGUGAUCUCGACACGGACCGCCCAGAAGCUUCUUGCCAGGUCGAGGAACGUCCUGGCAUGGACGAUCUGGAUCACCGUUUUUGUCCUGUUGCUCACCGGUGUGGUGUACGCGCGUUGGCCCACCAGCCACGAGGUCGAGACCAUUAGGACUGUUCUCAGGCGAACGUGCUCUGGCGCGGCGUCCGGAGAGUUUUCGGAGCGCGUGGCAGCCCUUUUACACUCCUCCUCUACUCAAGACGACUGCUAGUCCUGGUAGAGGGCUGUUCUACUUUCCUCGAAGCCAACAGAGCCAACGCGACGGACAACUCGAAGAUGUACUGCUAUACAUACACCGUCACAGCACUCGCGCAUCGAGUCGUUCACCGUUCUUAAAGUAACGGCGGCGUUUCGUUCAAUUUUCAACCGUUUUUACGUGCUCAUGCUCGCCGAUUUUUCUUAACCAUUUUUGGUAACGCGUCACGUACUUCCGAGUUUCAGUUCACAUUCGAAACUCUCUUUCCGCGGAGGAACAUGUGUUCACACGUUCGCAUCGAACGACGCAAAUAUGUCCCGAAAAUCCUUUUAUACAAAUUAUCAAAAGCGUUUUAUCGUCUCUAUUGUGUGGACGAUGUGGCAAUUUUUAAUUCUGACAAUUUUUGUAAUCUUUUUUAACACCAUCAUUAUAAGCGAAACGUGUGUAAGCUAAUAGAAUCUCCAAGACGAUGAAAAACCAGCCCUCCUUAUCCCUUAAGUAUCCAAGGCGUGAAAAAUCUAUGGCGAACAGCAAAAGAGGAGAGCUCGCGAAACGCGGGCAGGCGAGACCGGCGGGGUCUCCGCGGUCUCGUUAAAAAGCAUUUGUUACCUUUCCUGGCGGGUGUGUAAUUAUAUUUGUAGAGUUCCACCGUCGGGCGAGGGAAAGAGAGAACCGAGGAACGACUUUCGGCUGGUUCUCUCAUUGGGUUAAAAAACACCAGCGAACAUCGGGACGUGUUUACGUUCCCGCGCGGUGGACAUCCUCGAUCCGGCGCGAAAAAUGUCGAAUCGGAGAACGGAGUUUCCUCGAAAAUUACACGAAUCGGUCAGCGGCGAAAGCCCCGCGCUGCUGUUUGCUCUUUUUUCGGGCCACGACAGGAAACGCGAUCGUGUCCGUCAGGACGAAAAAUGAAGAGGAGGAGAGGGAGGAUAAAACGACUAGAUAGAGUAGACGGAACGAGACCAGGAAGAAAGAGAGAGGGAAUUCGGACGGAUGAAAUGGGCGGCGAUCUUGGUAGCUACAGGGCAGCCGUGAAGUUUCCAGGUACAUAGCUCGAGCAAAUGGCCAGCAGCGCUGUAGAUAAGCUCGAAAAAAACUGUCACACUCGUGGACCAAAGAAAGCAACAGGAAUGAAACCGGAUGGAGAGAAAAAAAUUGGUCGAGAAGGAUCCGGGCAGAACAUGGAAAAUAGCGCGUCGGAAAAUCGUCGCGUGACGCGAUGUAUCGAUCCCCCGAGCGACGAUCGAUGGCUCUGCGAGUGAACAAAAGACCCAUCGAAACUCGAAACGCUUCGGAGGUCAAUUAAUAUGCGAUUGAAAGCCGCGUAAAAUAAAAGUCAGGUCUUCUCUUUCCUGUUAACAACUUUCUUAUAAAACUAAAGCAAUUGAAGCAUAAAAAUUUCAAUUCUCUAAAAGUCAAGCAGUUUAUUACUUUUUCUGUACCCUUGUUACGUAUUCGAUAAGCAGAGUCGUCCUACGAUUUAACGUUCAAGUAAAUGACUGAAUAAACAUUAAUUAUGUUGUUCGAUUAAAAGUGCAAUGACUGAAUAGUGAGAAUUCCAUAUUUUAUAGAGAAUUCUCUCGGUUCAGUUUAUGUUACAUUAAAACACGUGGAAUAACAAUUUGUUGAAAAUUAUAUAAAGAACGACCAUUCCAAAUAAUUCACUCAAUGGUUAACGUAGUGGAAAAACACAAUACGAAUAUAGGGUGGAGAAAAUAACUGGGACGUUGUUUUUUUCACAUAGAUAUAUACGUGUUUUUUUGUAUAUAUACCUAUAUAUUUGUCGAGCGCAAUAAUAGACCAUGCUGCACGACAAAGAAUUUCGUCGUUGACAAUUUACGAUAGGGAGCUGCGGACAUUGUGGAAAAAUAUCGCUGGAAAACAGAACUAUAAACACCGACUGUUCGUUCCGAACGCAAAACUGGAUAUCUACCUGGACUGAAAAAAGUGUGCACAUAAAACUGACAACAAAUGCAACGACCUACAUACCACUAAAAAGAAAGUAAGAACACUUAAGGUCCAAGUAAAUUUCAGAAAUUACCAUAUUCAUUUAACUCGACCACCUGUUCCAAAAAA